GAUACAUCUACCAUUCGAUUUUCAUCUGCCGAAACGGUUGCGCUGCGGCUGCGCUCAAAACAGAAACUCGUGCGCGGCGCUUCAAAAAGCAGAGUAACCAAAAAUCAUACAAACCAAACGCAAAUAUAUAUAGCAAAACAUAAACAGAAUUUCUCAAUUCUACUACUAAAACAAAAACGAAAAACAAACUAAUUUUUUUUUAAGUUCUUAACCACAAACCAUUGGGAAUUUUGGAAUACCUAAGCUUAAAAGCCAAAGAAGUGUGCAAAAUAAAGUGAACCCAAAAAGUGCUAUCAGAAAUAUUAUCAAUAAAAAUAAAAACGAAACUUAGAAACAAAUAUUUAAAAGCAAAAGCACCCACUACCACAAAAAAAAAGGCUCAAACAAAUUGUUUAAAAAAAAGGAAAACGAAUCCGUGACAGUGCAAAAUCCGGAGUUGGAAUGCCGUCGCAACUUUUGACAAAAAUUUAACAACAAAAUAUCCACUAAGCUCAGUUGACAGAAUCUUGGUAAAAAUGCUCGCGGCACAGCAACAACAGCAGAUGGGCAGCAGCAGCAGCACCAACAACAACAACAACAGCAGCACUGCGGAAACGGAAAUGGAAAUGGAGCGACAACGCAGGGACUCCACCACAUCGGAGUCCUCGUUGGAGCACCUGGAACUGGGACGCACACCCAAGAAGCUGGGCGGCAAUGGCACCACCACCCAAACCACAUCCACGCCACACGAAUUGGCGGCGACAUCGCGCAAGCGCAAAUUGCGUCAACUGCAGCAGCAGAUGAAUCACCACCAGGAUUUGCUCAGCGACGAGGAGGAUGAGGAAGAGGAGGAGGACGAGGAGGUGUCCCGCAAUCUGGGCAGGCUGCACAAGCAGCGAAGGGGUGGUGGUGGUGCUGCUAAUGCCACCCAGGCCUCCAUUGUGGUUGACUACAGCAGUGGCGAUGCCAGUUCGCUGCGCAAGAAGUUCCGACUCAAUCGCUCAGCGGCGGCCAGUCUCUCGGAAUCGGGAUUCGUGGACGCCAGCAGCACCACUGGCCACAGUGGCUAUCUGGGCAACAACAGCAGCAGCAGCAACAGCACCACCACCACCACCACCAGGGAAGCUGGCAACCACAGCAGUGGUGCUGCUGCGGUGGCGAAUGCAUCUUCAGCUGGAAAUCCCGCUGUCUCGAGCAGCAGCAGCAGCAGCAGCAGCAGCGGCGGCGGAUCUGGUGGCUCCUCGCCCCAGGGACUGAGCCUCUCCAGCGGCGAAUCGGGAAUCGGAGCUGGGGAUGAGCACAUGAAGUACCUCUGCCCCAUUUGCGAGGUGGUCUCGGCCACGCCCCACGAAUUCACCAACCACAUCCGAUGCCACAAUUACGCCAACGGCGAUACCGAGAACUUCACCUGCCGCAUUUGCUCCAAGGUGCUCUCGUCGGCAUCCUCGCUGGACAGACACGUGCUGGUUCACACGGGCGAGCGGCCCUUCAACUGCCGCUAUUGCCACCUGACCUUCACCACCAACGGCAACAUGCACCGCCACAUGCGCACCCACAAGCAGCACCAAGCUGCGCAGUCGCAACAGUCGCAGCAGCAACAGCAGUCGCAGCAGUCGCAGCAACAGCGACGCCAGCAGCAACAGUCGCAACAGCAGCAGUUGCAACAGCAACAGCAAUCGCAGCAGCAGCAACUCAAUCCCGCCCAGCAGCCACUGGUGGCCACCGCGUUAUCCGGUCGAGCGGAGAGCUACGAGAGCGAUGCCAGCUGCUCCACCGAUGCAUCCAGUGGCCACAGUCGCAGUCGCAGCACCAGUUCCCUCAUCAACAACAACCACAAAAACAACAACAACAACAACAAUUCACCGCACAAGACCAACAACAAUCUGAAGCUGGAGGAUCAGCUGGACGAGGUGGAUGCAGUGGAGAGCAAGCAGAGGCGUCUCAAGAAGACGACCAUCAACAAUAAUAUAAUUGAUGCAUCGGAGCAGCCGGAGGAGAUCGACGAAAUGGAGGAUGAGAUGGAGGAGCAGGAGGAGGAGGAUGCAGAUGCGGAUGCGGAUGUGGCCAUGCUGACCAGCACACCGGAUGUGGCCACUUUGCUGGCUGGAGCCAGUGCCUCCGGAGCGGGCUCGCGAUCCGUUUCGCCAUCGCCAUCGGAAUCGAAUAGUUUGCUCCUGAGUUGUCCGGUCUGCGGAGCCUCCGAGUUCGAAACGCUGCCCGCCUUGUGCGCCCACCUGGAUGCCAGCCACUCGGACAUCCCCGCCAAGUGCCGCGACUGCGAGGUGAUCUUCGCCAGCCACCGCCAGGUGCAGGCGCACUGCUGCCGCGGAUCCGCCGCCUCGAUGGGAAUGGGCAGUGGUUUGCCGCCGCUCCUGGGAGCCAGCAUCCCCCUCCAUCAGGACGAGGCAGGCGAGGAUGGGGAGGAGGAGGAUGAGGAGGAGCUGCUCGAUCGGAAGGAGCGACUGCAUCACCAGAGCGAGGACUUCUUCCACCAGCUGUACCUCAAGCAGAAGAUGCCCAUCUCGCAUCCCCCUUCACCGAUCAAACACGAACCGGCGGACAGCAAGGAUUUGGCGGACAUCCAGAGCAUCCUCAACAUGACCAGCUCCAGUUCCAGUUUCCUGCGCAACUUCGAGCAGUCGGUGAACACACCCAGCUCCAGUCAGUACAGCCUGGAUGGUCGCGACCAGGAGGAGGAGGCCCAGGACGCCUUCACCUCGGAGUUCCGCCGGAUGAAGCUGCGCGGCGAGUUCCCCUGCAAACUCUGCUCGGCGGUCUUUCCCAAUCUGCGCGCCCUCAAGGGUCACAACCGGGUGCACCUGGGUGCAGUGGGUCCGGCGGGACCCUUCCGCUGCAACAUGUGUCCCUAUGCGGUGUGCGACAAGGCGGCUCUGGUGCGGCACAUGCGCACCCACAACGGAGAUCGCCCGUAUGAGUGCGCCGUCUGCAACUACGCCUUCACCACGAAGGCGAACUGCGAGCGGCAUCUGAGGAACCGGCAUGGGAAGACCAGUCGCGAGGAGGUGAAGCGUGCGAUUGUCUACCAUCCCGCCGAGGAUGCUGGCUGUGAGGAUAGCAAGUCCCGCCUGGGCGAGGAUCUCGCCGAUCUGAGCUUCCGCUCGAUCAGUCCCACUCCUCCUCCGCCUCCGACUGCCAUCAAUGAUUCCAGCAGCUCCCAGCUGAAGCACAUGCUCCUCGGCGAGAACUUAAAUCCGGUUAACCAGCAGCCACAGCAGCCUCCGCUGAAGAUCCAGGUGAAGAGCCUGGACCAACUGGUGGACAAGAAGCCAACUAGCAACCAUUCAACGGAUAAAUCCUCCGCUGCCCUGGACUUCAGCAUGGAUGUGCUGGAUCUCAGCAAGAAACCCAAUGGAGGUGGAGCUGCUGCCGCUGCCACGCCCUCCGUGACGCCCUCGGCGAGUCCCUCGAUGGGCAUUCCCGCUGCCGCGGCAGCAGUUACUCCUGGUGGUGGUGUAACCACUCCGGAUUUGGCCGCCGCCUUGGAGCAGCAGAAGUUGCUCCUCGCCCAGCAGCAGUUCUUUGGCGCUGGCGGAGAUGCCGCCUCCCAGUACAUGCAGCAGCUGUUCCGCAGCCUGAUGUUCCAGUCGCAGACGCCAGGGUUUCCCUUCUUCCCCUUCAUGGCGCCACCACCGCCUCCACCUCCGCCACAGCAGCAGCAGUCGGGAGCGGAGAAGACUCCUUUGGUGAGUCCGCCCAACCGCUUGAAUCCUUUACCCAUCAAUGUGGGUGUUCCCGUGCCACCUGGCGGACCCGUGAAGAUGGUGAUCAAGAACGGAGUGCUCAUGCCGAAGCAGAAGCAGCGACGCUACCGCACCGAACGACCCUUCGCCUGCGAGCACUGCUCGGCGAGAUUCACGCUCCGCUCGAACAUGGAGCGCCACGUGAAGCAGCAGCAUCCGCAGUUCUACGCCCAGCGGCAGCGGAGUGGCCACCACGUGAUGCGCGGCCGGGGUGCCUCCUCCGCCUCCUCCACCAGUGCGGCAGUGGCCGCUGCAGCGGCAGCCAUGAACCAGGGCGGCAUCCAGGGAGGCAUCCAGGGAUUGGGGAGCUCUGCAAGUGGUUCGCAUCACGCUCCCAUUUCGGAGCAGGUGAAGUACGCCAUCCUGGCGCAGCAGCUGAAGGCGCACAAGAACACCGAUCUGCUGCAGCAGGCCUUGGCCCACGGAUCGAGCAGCGUGGCCGGUAAUCCCCUCCUGCACUUUGGGUAUCCUUUGGCCGCUCCCAGUCCCCUGCACAAUGGCAAUCAUCAUCCGUCGGUGCCGUCUGUCAACAUGGCUAAUGAUGAUGAUGAGCCCAAGCUGGUCAUCGAUGAGGAUGAGAACGAGCAGGAGGAUCAUGAGGAUCACGAGGUGGAGGAGGUCGAUGACUUUGAGGAGGAGGAUGAGGAGAUGGAGGAGCAGGAGAUAGAGGAGCCUGAAGAGGAGCAAGAGAUCCCUCGCGAGGAGGAUCAGGGAGCUCAACCCGCUGAAGAAGAGGAGCUCGAGGAAAGGGAACUCCCCAAACCGCUGGAGAUGAUCAAUGGAGCAUCGAAGGAGGCCGCCCAAAAGAUGGCCGAAACCAUUCUGGAGCAGGCCAUCAAGGCGGGCACCAAGCCAACCAGCUCAACCAGCAAUCCCAAUCCCACCACCACCACCACCACCAGCAACUCCUCCAUGCAGGAGCCACCACCAUCAACCACAACCACUGGCAAUCCGAGCACCCUGAAGACCAUGAUUGCCCAGGCGGAAUCGGUGGGCAAGUCGCUCAAGGAAGUGGCCAGUUCCCCAUUCAAGGACGAGUCGCAGGACCUGGUGCCAGUGGCCAAGCUGGUGGACAACGCCACCAGUCAGAACAUGAGCUUCAACAGCUACUUCCGUCCCAGCGACGUGGCCAACCACAUGGAGCAGAGCGACGAGGAGGGUCUGGUGGCCUCUGGGAGCGCCAGCGAGAGCAACAACAGCGGCACCGAGGACGUGACCAGCAGCAGCUCCUCCAGCGAACCCAAGAAGAAGUCCGCUUACAGUUUGGCACCCAAUAGGGUUUCCUGCCCGUACUGCCAGCGGAUGUUCCCGUGGAGCAGCUCCCUGCGUCGCCACAUCCUCACGCACACCGGACAGAAGCCCUUCAAGUGCUCCCACUGCCCGCUGCUCUUCACCACCAAGAGCAACUGCGACCGCCAUCUGCUGCGCAAGCACGGCAACGUGGAGUCGGCCAUGUCGGUCUACGUGCCCACCGAGGAUGUCAGCGAACCGAUUCCCGUGCCCAAGUCCGUGGAGGAGAUCGAGCUGGAGGAGCAGCGCCGCCGCCAGGAGGCCGAGCGGGAGAAGGAGCGGGAGCUGGAAAGGGAGAGGGAACUGGAGCGGGAGCGGGAAAGGGAGCGGGAGAGGGAGCGCGAGCUGGAGAAGGAGAAGGAGCGGGAGCGGGAUCGCCAGCAGCUCAUCCAGAAGCUGGCCGCCCAGAUGAACGCCGCCGCUGCAGCAGCUGCUUCCAUUGGAAAUGGCAAUCCCAGUGGCGGAGGAGCAGCAGGAGUGGCUGGUGGAGAUGCCCUGGCUGGCGGAGAUCUGCCCUACAAGUGCCACCUCUGCGAGGGAUCCUUCGCCGAGCGAUCGCAGUGCUUGGAGCACAUCAAGCUGUCGCACACCCACGAGUUCGCUCUGCUCCUGGCCAAAGGAGCCAUCGAAGCAUCAUCAUCAGAUGGCUUGGAGGCAAGCAACCACCAGUCCACUGCCCCCCAGUCCACCCAUUCCGAUGACGAGGCACCCAAUGGCAACGGGAGUCGCGGCAAGUAUCCCGACUACAGCAACCGCAAGGUGAUCUGCGCCUUCUGCGUCCGCCGCUUCUGGUCCACCGAGGAUCUGAGGCGCCACAUGCGCACCCAUUCCGGGGAGCGGCCCUUCCAGUGCGACACCUGCCUGCGCAAGUUCACCCUGAAGCACAGCAUGCUGCGCCACAUGAAGAAGCACAGCGGUCGGGCCCAUGGGAAUGGCGACAAUCCCGGUUCGGAUUGCUCCGAUGACGAGCAGGCGAUGAUGGGCAGUCCACCCAGUACCCCCGUUCCCACUUCGCUGCCCCUUCCCAUGCCCACCAACAACAACAACAGCUGCCACAACAACAAUAACAACAACAAUAAUACCACAAACAAUGGUGGCUCCAAGGGAUUGGGACUGAAGCUGCCCAAGCUGCACGAGCUGCUGGACAAGGCGAGCGAAUGGCGCGUGGCCAGUCGGCUGGGCGAGCACAAGGAGAACAUGGGCGAGGCCACGCCCUCCGCCGGCGGAGUGGGAGUGGCCGGAUCGGAUCUGAUUGGCAACCUGCUGGGGAUCAGCGACCAGGGGAUCCUCAACAAGCUGCUCUCCUCCGCCGACGAGGCGGCCAAACUGCUCGGCGUGGACAACAAGUGAGGGAUUUAGGAGGGAUCUUAAGAGGGGAAGCACAGAAAUCAGAAAGCCAUACAUUCUGGAGCAGCAAGGAUCAGUUUGCACCGCCUUACGUAUACCAAAGCUUAAAUAGUUUUCAUUAACGGUAGUCUACUUUAAAAAACAAACGAAAAACCAACAAAAACGAAGUCUAAACCUAAAAAGAAACACUUCUAAAAACAUCUCUCGUUCAGAUUUUCAAAAUGAAAAACGAGUUAUGUUUUUUGGGAACACCCUUAUAUUAUUUUUUGGACACCUCCUUUUUUUUAUGCCAACUCUUAAUUUAAGCGGUCCAACCAACAAAACCAACAAGCUAAUCAAAAUCUUUGGAGACAAACACUUUUUUUUUUAAAACCUUUUUUUUCCUAGCUAUAGCAUAUAGUUUAUAAAUAUAGUUUACCAUAUUAGCUCUAAGUAGCUGCAAUGACAAACGAAAUACAACGAACAUUUAGCAUGACAAAAAAUAUAAAAAGACUUGAAGACCGAAGACAAAAGACCAGAUAUAUAGGAGGUAUAAUAUCUAUAUGUACAUUGAAAGAGGCCUUGAGAACCGCAGCGUGGCUUAAACCUAGUUUUUUAAGGAAGACGGCAGACAUUCUGACAGUCUGUCUCGCUUGCAACUAAUAUAUAGUCAGGUAUUUUGUAAGACUAGAUUCUAGAACCAUUUUUUUGUAGGAUCUUAUUUAACGAAACUCAUUCAUUGCUGUAGUUUAGAGAUCACAAACAAACAAACAAACAGAACACACAAAACACACACUUAUGAUAUGAAAUAUAUAGUAUAGCUAUUUAAAUAUACGAAAACGCAUGAUUCUUAUAUUAUUAAAUUAGAGGACUUCUUACAGCAAUAACCAAAGCAUUUCGCGUUUGUAGCGUUGUUUAAGCUAAACGAAAAAUAAACGAAAUUAAAUUUACCCAAUUGCAUGCCUAUAUAUACAUUUAUAUGAAGCACACACUACAUUAUAUAAAUUAAUCGGUUAAUAUUUAAUGUGGAUGCAGCAGCAGCAGCAGCAGCAGCAGCAACAAACUACUGAACAAAUUAAACUAUGUACUUAGCGAUUAUGAAUGUACUUAAACUGUAAAAGUGUACUUAAUUGUAAACUCUGAAAGACACACGCAACGAGAAUGGAUUACAAAUUGAAUUCAAAUAAAAUAACGACGAAAGAAACAAUAAAA